AUGCGUAGGUUCUAUCAGCUCCCUCCGGAACUCCGUGCCACUGUGGUCGAGUGUCUGGUCGACUACUGGAGAUAUGGCGAUGAAUCAGACUCUAUUGCCGGUUACGCCUCCGUCUGUAAGGAGUGGCAGGCCAUCGUUGAACGUUACAACUUUUCCUCCCUCCGCGUCACUCAAUUACGCUUGGGCGAGUUCGAUUCCAUGAUGGUGGGUUCUCGCCGCGGCCUCUUGAGACGUAUCGAACUUCACGUCUCACUACCCACCUACGACAAUGAUCCCUGCGAAAGAAAGGAGACCUGGGAAGAGAAGGCUGAAAACAACAUGUGCUUCACCCGAGCCGUCUGUGGCCUCUUUCAUUCGAUGAACUCUUGGACCCUCGAAGAGGCAUAUCGCGGGGGUGUCGACUUGAGUCUCGCUAUCUCGUCACCAAGCGACCUUCGUAACGCAAACUUCGAGCUGUGGCAGCGACGCAGAUGGAACAUCAAAGAUAUCGGAGAGAAAAGGGCGUUGAUGCCGGCAGCCCAUGCCGACAUCGUUGCAAGGCUGCCAGGCUUGCAAGAAGCUUCUUUCGAUAUCCUCAAAGAUAGGAAAAAGGAGACACGCAAGAUACACUUCAACCAAUUCGCCGGUUCCAUGACCGCAUGGCCUCUUUCUCUGGAGAAGCUCUCUAUAUCGUCCAACACUGUUUCCUCAUGGCGACAACUGCCCCAUGAAGGCCUCGCAGAAGCUGACAGUGGUGUCAAACUGUGCGAGAAGUUGCGGAGUGCCGCGAAGCAUCUCAAGCAUUUGAACAUCACCAACGUCGUCCGCAUACGAGAGUUCCUGAAGCCCCACUGGCCCAAUAAUACUGAUGACACGGAGGCGUUCAUCUCAGGCCACCUCUACCAGCCCGCGUUCUAUCGCCUUGAGACCCUUCACAUCUCAUACGGGUCCAUCUGGUACAAUACCGAAUGGCACAAGCAAAGUGACGACAUCAAUGAGUCUUCAGACCUAGUCGACUUCCGCCAGGUCGUCUCGCUGGCCGCGGCACGGCUGGCGUACACGAUGCCCGCUCUCAAGCACAUGACCAUCAAGCAGCGGCCCUUGAUGUACGCCGGCAAGCACGAACUCGAGUACAAGGUCGACGGCACGACUGCCAGCAUCACUUGGACAAGCAGCUUCGACUUCAGGCCGUGGGACAGGACGAUGGAGGCAUGGACCGAGGUGGCUAGGCGCUACGCCGGAGCGAAGCUCAAGACCUCCAUCGUCACGAAGAAGUGGUACAAGGACGGCAGACCACCUCACAUCCCAUCUCUCACCUUUUAG